UUGUAAAAAGCAUCUCACCCUUUUUUUCUCUCUAAAAAACCUCACUUUCUGCGCAAUGGCCUCCAUUCAUUGCUAUUUCUCUGCGUAUUAAUGGCUUCGACCCACCAAGCAAAUCUUAAUCUUUUCAAAUUCUGCGUGAAACCCUAGUUUCUGUAUCCUCGGUAGACGAAGAAAGAGUGGGAAAGCUUUCUCCUUUUCCUGGUUUCUUUUUGAAUUUUCAGUUUUGGCGGGGGGAUUCGUCCGUACGACGCCAUGCCUCUUCCAUGGAAGAAAGCCAAGUCUGGUCGGAUCUCGCGGCUUGUUUCCGACCUCCAACAGUCGUCCAAACACGGCGGAUCUCUGGUCGUCGAGACAGGUUUCCCGACAUCGCUGAUCGAUCUCUUCGUCAAGAACCGCGAUCGCCUCAAGAAGCACUCCUCCAAACGCCGCCAAUCCUCCACCGUUAACCCUCCUCCCUCUCCGCCUCCGCCUCUGACGCGGCGUAGCUCCUUUCCUCCGCCGGCCCCGCUUCCGCCGCCGGUGGAGAGAGAAACCGUCGCGAGCAGUGAGAUCGAGGAGCGUAUCUCCACCGAGAACACGCCUAUCGGCGACGGCGCGUGCGUUGUGAUGGUGGUGGUGAAGGUUUUCGUUGUGGCGGUGAUCGCCUUGAGCACGAAGAAGCUGACGGUGGGGAUCACGCUCUCGGCCUUUGCGCUCCUCCUCCUCGAGUUCGCGGCGGCGCGUGUGUUCACGCGCCUGGAAUUCUGUCCGAACGCGAGGACUCGCCUUCGUUCCUUCUUGGAGAGGUUUCCGGGGAAAGGGGAAACGGUCAAAACCGACGGCGAAAACUCGAGUUCUUGCGAAAUUACAGAAACUUUCGAAGAUUCAAGGGACUGUACGGAAUGUACGAAUACGGUUUCUUGGUCGGAGCCAGAGCUAGUGGUAAUCCCGGAGGCGGAUUCAUCGGCAGAAGAUUCGAGGAGGGCAAAAGUUACGGCGGAGGGAGAAGUGCAGACAAUACGGGAUCUGGUGUUCAAGGACGAGAGAAGUAAAAGCUCGAGACUUAAAUCGAAGAUUAUGAAGAAAAUAGUGCCGAAGAAGUUUAGUUCAAUGAAGAAGAAGAAGAAAUCGAUGAAGAUCGAUGAAGAGAAGGAGAAAGAGGAAGAAUCGGUAGAAGAAGAAGAAGAAGAAGGGUCUUUGACAGAAGUCUCGAGCCUGGUUUCGGACGAUAAAUCAGAGAGAGUCGGAAGCGAAAUCUCUGAAAUGGACGACGAUGAUCCGAAUCCGCCAUUGUUGGAGAACUGCACAGAGGUAGAAGAAGAAUCUCAGGAUGGAUCAUCAAAAGGGAACAGUGGCAAAACGAACGUGUUUGUUCUGUUCGUGAUGAUGCUUGUUGGGCUGUUAGGAGGAAAGCUUUUAGCCAUCGCUCUGUUUCUGUUUUGGUGUCUGAUCCUUAGAUUUUCAGACAAAUCUAAAGCCCCGGAAAAACUUUUCAGAAAAUUUUUCAUCCUCUGUCCAGAAAGUUUCCUCCGCCGCCGGGGUUUAGCGGUGGCCGGUGGUUGACGGCGGAGGCGGGAGAAAGAUCACGUGUCGGGCAGUUCGAACCUCGAAGCUCACGUGUUUGCUUCGGAACUGUAAAUUUUACUUCUUUUUACCGACAGAAUUUUAUUCGUAGUACUAGUUGAAGGUAUGUGAAGGUAAAAAAAUUUCCCCUCUAACUCCGAGAAAAUACAAAACAAAAUAUAUUAUUCCUUC